AUGGCCGUUGGUGCCGUCGCGGGGCCGGUUGACAGCCAUCCUGACUCUAUCCUCCAGUCCCGCGACUUGAUCGGAGACCAUGAAUUCGACUAUGUCGUGGUUGGUGGCGGAACAGCCGGAAAUGUCAUAGCUACUCGCCUAGCACAGCAGUCCUUUUCGGUAGCUCUGGUCGAGGCCGGUGGUCUGUAUCAGUUGGAAUCUUUCCAGGCCAUUCCUGGUGCAGACGUUCUGGUUGUUGGAUCGGAUCCCGAUUCAAAAUCGUCCGUGGACUGGGGUUUUGUCGCAGAGAAUCAACCCGGGGCCAACGGACGGGAUAUCCAUUAUGCUCGCGGGAAGUGCCUCGGGGGGUCGUCCGCGCUGAACUUCAUGAUAUACCAAAGGCCCAGCAUAGAGUCGAUGCAGCAAUGGGCAGAAGCCGUCAACGAUACCAGUUACACCUUCGAAAAUCUCCUUCCCUACUACAAAAAGAGCGUGGAAUUCACUCCUCCAAAUGAAAACACCCGCUUCAGCAAUGCUACUACCGGCUUCGACCCCGCCGCGUUUAACGAUCAAGGAGGCCCACUGCAUGUGUCCUAUUCUAACUACGCAAUGCCAUUUUCAACCUGGAUGAAGCUGGGAAUGGAGGCGAUCGGGAUCAAGGAGCAAAAGGAUUUCAAUCUCGGGACUAUCAUGGGCGCGCAAUACUGUUCGUCGACCAUCCGGCCCAGUGACGAGACCAGGAGCAGCUCCCAGUCCUCCUACCUAGCGAGCAUCAAGCCUGCGAGCCGAAAGGUCUAUAGCAAUACCCUGGCAAAAAAGAUUAUUUUCGACGACGACAAGAAGGCUACCGGAGUGCAAGCUCAGGGAACCUUGGGAACUUUCAACCUCACGGCUAAGAAGGAGGUCAUUGUCUCUGCAGGCGCCUUUCAGUCGCCUCAGCUGUUGAUGGUGUCGGGGGUUGGUCCAGCAGAGACGCUCCAUGAGCAUAACAUCGAUCCGGUGGUCGAACUGUCUGGUGUUGGCCAGAACAUGUGGGAUCAUCCAUUCUUCGCGCCUAGCUACCGAGUGAACGUCCAAACACUCACCCAAUCUGCUUCCAAUCUCCUCUCCUUGCUCACGCAGUUCUUUGACAAGGCCAUUCCACACACCGGACCUCUCACCAAUCCUAUUUCCGACUACCUGGCUUGGGAGAAAAUCCCAGAGAGCCUGCGUUCCAAGUUCACCGAUUCAGCUGAGAAUGAUCUAGAGCAAUUUCCAAACGAUUGGCCCGAAGCAGAGUAUAUUUCCGGCGCCGGAUACAUCGGAAAUGUGUCCAACCUCCUAUUAGAUCAGCCAAAGGAUGGUUAUCAGUAUGCCUCCAUGCUCGGAGUGUUGGUCGCUCCGCUGUCUCGAGGAAAUGUGACGCUCCAAUCUGCGGACACAUCAGACCUGCCCAUCAUCAACCCCAACUGGUUGGACAGCAAAACCGAUCAAGAGAUGGCAAUCGCCAUGUUCAAACGAAUGCGCCAGGCUUUCGGAAGCGAUGCCAUGGCUCCUGUGGUAAUUGGCGAGGAAUACUACCCCGGGAAACAGGUGCAAUCGGACGAGGAGAUCCUCGAGUUCAUCAAGAACAACAUCAUGACUCUAUGGCAUGCUGCGUGUACCUGUAAGAUGGGCACGUCGGACAAUCCCAUGGCCGUUGUCGACCACGAAGCCAAGGUCUUUGGGGUUCAGGGACUGCGUGUGGUGGAUGCAAGCGCAUUCCCGUUCCUGCCUCCAGGUCACCCACAAUCCACAGUGUACAUGCUCGCAGAGAAGAUCUCAGACCUGAUUAUCAACUCGGAAAAGCAAUGA